CCUGCUGCGGCUCGGGCCGCACGUGCAGCGUCUUUCCGGCCCUGCUGCCCGGCGUCGCCGGAGCCCGUGGCUGGGUGCCCGCCAUGGCGGCGGCUGCGGCUGCGGCGGAGGCGCGCGUGUUCCUGGAGGUGCGGAGACGGCUGCAGAGCGCGCUGCUAAUCCUGGGCGAUCCAAACGAAGGCGGUCUGCCCAUGGAUGUUUGCAUAACGCCGACCUCGCUGCAGAUGAAAAGCCCGGGCGGCUGCACGGAGCUCUGGCUGCCAGCAGGGGUCAGGCUUGUCCCGUCCUCCUGCCGCGGGCUGCAGCACGUGGCCGGGGACGGGCUGCACCUGCGCCUGCAGGCGCGGGCGGAAUUCUGCACAAAACCGAUCUCAGUGUUUAAUCAAAGCUCCCAAGCCCAAGAAUGUUGCACGUUUUAUUGCCAGUCCUGCGGUGAAAUCAUCAUAAGGAACAGGAAGCUCCUGAGACUGCUCCCCCUGCCACACGAAAACUGGGGUGCUCUGGUUGACGAGUGGUGUUGUCAUGCCAACCCCUUUGCUAAUAAGCCACUUCAUCCACAAGAGAAUGACUGUUUCACUGGAGACUGUUUCUUCUUGGUGAACUUAAGACAUGAUUUACAGCAGCCGAGACCUGCAGUAGCCCCAGUGGAGACGCGCUGUCUUUCUUCUGAGAACCAUUUAAAAAUGAAACCAAAGGCAAAUACCAAAGUAAUUUGUAAGCGUUGCAAGGUAAUGUUGGGAGAGACUGUGUCAUCAGAAACCACUAAGUUUUAUAUGACAGAGAUAAUUAUCCAGCCAUCUGAAAGAAAUUUCCCCAUCAUACCAAGGUCUCAGUUUGUACAGAGUGUUAUUGCCCAGUGCCUGGUGGAACUCUCCUCUGCUAGAAGCACUUUUAGAUUCACUCUUCAAGGACACAACGGCAAAACGUACAUCUUGCUAUGGCUUUUAAACUCAGACAGUUUGGUGAUUGAAGCUUUGGAAAGUUCCACAAGUAUCAAAAAAUUCCCUCUGUUGGAAGACUUAUUGAAGGCCGAUUCCAGUUCUGCCUGGAAUGCUGUCAAGGUCCUCUACCAGCCAUGCAUCAAAAGCAGGAAUGCAGAGCUCGCCAGCUCGUGGGAAAGUGACAUCAGUGUCCACUGCCUCACCCUGCCCUCUGCAACCUGCUUGGAGCUGCUGUUGAUCUUGUCAAGGAGUAAUGCCACGUUGCCUCCCUCCCUCCGCUGCAUGAAUUCUUUCCAGGUGGCCUUUUUGAAGAUGUAACUGCGGGAGCGGACACAUCCCUCUCCACAGCACGGGGUGCACCGGCAGCCAGCAGUCAGCCCAGUGGGCAGCAAUUAGAGAGACAAGAACCCAGCUACAGAAUGAGAACAGGGCAUUGCAGUUUUGAGUUUACUUGCUUGCAUAAAUUCUCUGAGAGAAGAGUUAACUUGAAAUCUUUGAAAAACCAAGGCUGUGAAGAAAGUCAUAGUAGCAGGUUGAGAGAUAAGUAUAGAAUUUACGUCUCUAUUUCCCACCGAGAGGAGUGUUCAAAUAUGUGCUGCGUCAGCACCACCUGGAGAGAGAGAGCUGGUGGAGACCCAUCUGUCCUGUGCGGAAUGCAGCAAGGGGCUUCGCUGGUGGAGUUGAAUGUUAGCUGCUGCAAAUCUUAGGACAUAAACUUUCAGAGAACUUCGCAGGCUCGUAUAAAAGCAUUUUUUUUAAAAGAAAAUAUGGAAUUUUGUAUACCUUAUUCAGAGGAGAUGCUCAGUAAAUAAAUGUUUGUUGAAUGCGUGAUCAUCAAAUUAAAGGGUUUCCCAUUUAUGCAAA